UCAGAAGAGAUUUCUAUUAAUUAAAUGAGUAAGAGGUCAGGUAUCGUAUGUAUUAACAUAACAGGGAAUUUACGCGAGGAGCAGUGGGUCAGUGUUGGUGACGAAUCGUCUGGCGGUCUUCCCGGAGAUGAUUCCCGUCUGGAAGAAGGGAGAAGCCGGCGUCUGGAAGAAGGGAGGAUGACGUAGCCGGCCACCCUAGGCUUGGGGGAUCCCGUUCCCUCCUCGGCAUAUAACAUAAGCCGGCCUCCAGCAGCCGAUCAUUUCAAAUCCACCUUUCAGGGUGUUGGCUUUGUGUGUAUUUUGUGUCCAGUGUUCCGAAGGGGACGCACUGAAGAAAUAGAACGCACGACAGAAGCCAGAGGAUGCAGUUCAAUUCAGCCCUUGCAGUGGCGAUAAGCCUAUUAUUCGUAGGAGUUAGCGCCAAAUCUAGGGGGAGUUCACCCCCUCAUGUUGUUUUCAUCAUUGCUGACGAUUUAGGUUGGAACGAUGUCGGGUUUCACGGGUCUGAUCAAAUCCCGACGCCCAACAUUGACGCGCUGGCGUACAACGGCCUGAUACUAAACCAGCAUUACACGCCUGCUUUGUGUACGCCAUCAAGGGCAGCCCUUCUCACCGGCAAAUAUCCAAUUCACACAGGUAUGCAGCACCUUGUGAUUUUGGAAGCUGAACCGUGGGGCCUCGGCCUCAAUGAGCACCUGCUCCCCGAAGCACUUGCCAAAGCCGGCUACAGAAGCCACGCCAUCGGAAAAUGGCACUUGGGCUUCUACCGAAAAGAGUACACACCGACAUACAGGGGUUUUGAAUCGCAUUUCGGCUACUGGCAAGGAUUUCAAGACUACUACAACCAUUCUGUGCGGGCAACCUUCGAACCGUAUGAUGGAUACGAUAUGAGGCGUAAUUUACAAGUGGACUGGACUGCCAAAGGGCGGUAUACAACUGACCUCUUAACUGAGGAGGCAGUCAAUGUUAUUGAAAAUCAUGAUACGUCAAGUCCUCUGUUUUUGUACUUGGCUCAUCUCGCUCCUCAUACUGGAAACAUGAGGGACCCUUUUCAAGCACCGGACAAUGUAGUCGCGAAGUUCUCGCAUAUAAAAGACCCUGAGAGGAGAGUCUAUGCCGCAAUGGUGUCGAAAUUGGAUGAGUCUGUCGGUGAGGUCGUCGCGGCGCUCCGGGCUAAAAACAUGCUAGACAACUCUGUAAUUGUUUUCAUGUCAGACAAUGGGGCACCAACACACGGCAUCCACUCGAACAGAGGAUCCAACUAUCCACUGAGAGGUAUUAAAAAUUCGGCCUGGGAAGGCGGAGUCAGAGGUGUUGCUGCUAUGUGGAGUCCUCUUCUUAAGAAACCUCAAAGAGUCGCUAAUCAGCUCAUGUACAUCACAGAUUGGAUGCCUACCCUGUAUUCCUUAGCUGGUCUUGAUACGAAAGACUUGGGAGAGAUAGACGGCUAUGACAUGUGGAAAUCAUUGUCUGAGGACCUUCCAUCGCCAAGAAAUGAAGUUCUGUACAACAUAGAUGAAGAAGAACUGCCAUAUGCAGCGAUCAGAGUCAGGGAUUGGAAGUAUGUCACCGGAUCGCCCACUGGUGAGAGGAACAGCGGCUGGUACGGUGAAUCGGGAGACAACGCCGGAAUAGAAUACAGCCCGCAGUCUGUCCUCCUCUCGAAAGCUGGCAUGGCGAUUUCCGCAUACAUCAUCAAAGAGCAGAUAUAUUAUAAAAUCCAUCUGGCCGCUUCAUUAAAUAGUGUCACAGAUAGCAAACCAGAACAAAAGAUGCUAGAUCUACUACAAAUUCCGACCAUGCUUGACCUAAGGGGAGAAGCGGAGUUGGAGUGCAAAUUGGACAACAUAACUGACAACACCGUUGAAUGCAGGCCCAUGGAAAGUCCUUGUCUUUUCAAUUUGAGAUAUGACCCUUGCGAAAGGAACAAUUUAGCCCAUAAAAAUCCACAUAUGGUCAGAAUUCUUGAAGAAGCCAUUGAAAGGUACCGAAAAACAAUGAUUAAAGCAAGAAACCAGCCAAGUGAUGCAUCUGCCGACCCAAUAUUUUGGAACAACACUUGGACCAAUUGGCAAGACGAAAUUGACCGACAGGAUGACCUUUUUGACAUAAAUCUAUCUGAAUACAUCCCAGUCAUAUUUUACAUUGCUGCCGUUAUUAUGUGCCUACUGCUCGUGUUAGUACUAUUUCCGAGACACGUUUUGUCAAAUAAAGUCUCUCCCGAUAAAAGAGAGACCAUGUCAGUGUUUACUAUCAAUCCACCAUCUAUGACUGGGAAAAUGUGAAGCAAAUGUUCUCAUCCAAACCGAUAAGAAAUCAGAAUUAUCUUAAAGCUUUAAUGUUAAGUACUCCUUGUGAAGAAAAUUGUGAUAAUUUUUAUUAUAUUUACCUUGUUAUAAGAAAAAAGCUUAUGUGUUUAUGUAUUAGGUAGUUUAUGUCAGAAAGGUUAAUUUAUUCUAGUGUUAUGUGUUAAGUUUUUAUAUUUAAGAUUUGUACAAACUUAAAAAAAAAAGAUUUUUGUAAUGAAAAUUGUUUUGUAAAAAUGUUAUACCUUUGAGGUUAUUAAAGUUCCUGAAUCAAGAGGAGUUCAUAAAUUACUCAUUUAAUGACACUCAUUCAGUAUUAUUAUAAGAAUUGUGAUUAAAUGUUUAUUGUCCUAGA